CCUUGUUACCGUUUGAUUGUAAGUAAUGCGUAACAGAGUGAAAUCAUUCAAUGAGUAAGAUUAUUCAUUGAGUAGUGCGCGUAGCGUGCGUACAAACGGAAGUGACAAGACGCAUGCCGUAUGCAAGAGCAUAUUUACAUGCUAAUACAAACCAUGUUUAAUCAAAAGCUCACAAAAUUCGUCUAAGAUUUUAGUCUUGCCCCGAGUCCAUUGUCUCGCUCGUGGUUUAGUUUGAAGUAUUGUAAUUUACACUCGGAUAUAUUCUUCGCUUUUAUGACAAUCUGUACUGAUCUCCGUGUUAGGAACCUGACCAUUAGCUUAGCUUUAUAUUUUCAAUACUUGAGUGAUUCCAAAGGCUUUCUUUGCAAUUAUCUUCAGUUCUUUUUUAUUAAGUAACGGUUUAUAUUUAUAUAACCAAAAACUGAAUACACGUCAAAAUCUGCGAGAUUUUGUUCACAUAGAUCACUUCGUAAGACGUCAAUAUGGUGAAACGUGCAUUCUACUUUGGGACUGGUACAUUUCUAGUUAGAGUUUUAUACUCGAUUAGAUUGAUUAUCUUUAAAAUCUCGACAUUAGUGUUUGUUUAUAUUGUGGAUUGAAAGAUAUGUUUUCACGAAUUUCUGAAAUUGAUGUACAUCCGAACAGGCUCGAGCUCAUCCCCAAGCGAAAAAAAAAACACUGGAUCAAGUUCGAAGUCUAGACACUCUUAAAAAACACUGGAAUGUUUACCGAGGCAUUCAAAUUUUAUCUCCUUGAUCUCUUACGGUUUUAAGGGUGCGAGGAACGCUCAUUCGCUAUAGUGUAAGGCACCGGAUGUACAGAAACACAACAAAUGUUAUCCACAUCUUCCCUGCAGUAUGAGUCUUUAUCUAUUCGAGUUCGGUACCGAUUUAGAUUCACCCUAGAUAUCUGGAAUAUUUUAGGAGCAGCUAAAAAGAGAUAUUUUCCGUAACGCCCGUCUUCAGGUCGCCAAACCAACUUAGCAUAGCAUUAAAAUAUUUUUCUAACGUCCAUAAUUUGUUGUUAAUUUCAUGAACAUGAAUGUUUACAGUGUCACUCUAGAGUGUAUUGUGUAAUGGCUAGUGGUUUGUAGAGAUCAGAGAGGCUGUUUUGAUUGGCCAUGCGUAGACAACUGGCCAUCUUCCAAGUGACAAAAUAGCGGCUAGAUUCCCCGGGAAAAUGAGACUCGACUCCGAAGGGCGAUAGAAAGGUCAGCCUUUUCAGCUUUUCAGGAAGUGAUAACCCAGUGGGGAUAAUUGCCAUCGUCAAGCUUCAUGCGGUGGAAAUAUCACAGGAUACUUUGGGGUGAUCAAUACCCCAAACUUCCCCAGCACGUACCCUAAUUUCGCCCACUGCGUAUGGAACAUCAAGGUCCCCAAGGGACUACAAGUGCGCAUCAGAUUUACGGACUUUGAUGUGGAAUCCUUCUUCAAGUGCGAAUAUGACUGGGUGAUGAUGCGGGCGAAUAACAGAUCUUCCAAAAAGUACUGCGGUAAUAAAAGUAAGCACAAUCCAUACAAGCCUCGUACUUUGACGGCGCCUGGUAAUGAAGCAAGCCUGGUCUUCCACUCAGACUACAGUAACGAGGAAAAGUAUAUUGGCUUCUCCGCACACUUUGUCGCCAUAGAUCCUGAUGAAUGCGCUACUCGUAAUGGAGGCUGUGACCAUCACUGCCAUAACUAUCUUGGCGGUCACUACUGCUCCUGUAGGGCCGGCUACCGUUUACAACAGGACAAGGUUUCGUGUAACGUGAUGUGUAACAACCAACAGUUUUCAGCAAGAAGAGGAGAGAUCUCUUCACCAGAAUUUCCAAAGGUCUAUCCCAAAAAUUCAAACUGUGAUUGGACGAUAACAGUGGAGAAGGGAUAUCUAAUCAGCCUCCAUUUUCGCGAGUUUGAUAUCGAGUCCCACCCGGACGUCCCGUGUCCGUAUGACUACAUCAAAGUGUCCGCUGGGAUCGGACGAAGAUACGGUCCACUUUGCGGACAGACCCCACCUAGAAAUAUAACGUCCACCGGCAACUUCAUGCAUAUUGAGUUUGUGUCGGAUCCUUCUGGUUCGAAUAAAGGCUUCCGGGCUUACUACGAGACACACGGUAUCAGGUGCCCAGAAUUGGGAGCCCCCGAGCAUGGUCACAUGAGGAGCAGCGGGUUCUCUUUCAAAGACACGCUCCAGUUUAAGUGUGACCCAGGCUACCGUAUUCGCGGCUCGGCUGUGAGAGAAUGCCUCAACUCAGGAGGCUGGAGCGGAGUGAGGACAAGCUGUCAACCUAUUUCGUGCGGAAAUCCUGGUGAACCUUCACACGGGUCAGCGGUCUCUCGCCAAUACACCUACAAGGCCACAACUAACUACAAGUGCAAUCACAUGUUCAGUCUCCAUGGCGACCAGACACGCACAUGUCAGGCUGACGGCUCGUGGUCAGGAACCGUGCCGAAAUGCAUUCCGGUUUGUGGAAGGACGCGGUUUAACAGUACUCGCAGGCAGCAGUGCCGGCAAAGGAUUGUGGGCGGGCACGAUACCGUGAAGGGGGCGUACCCGUGGCACGUGCUCAUUAGAAAGGGUGGUCACGUGGCCUGUGGUGGCUCGCUCAUUAGCGAGAAGUGGGUGCUAACUGCGGCGCACUGCGUUACCCACAGGAACGGGAACAUCCUUCCGCGCAGUCGCUUUCAGGUUCAGCUGGGCCUAUACAGAACAACAUUACCCAACGAACCUCAAGUACAGCUGCGUAACAUUUCCGAAAUCCGAACUCAUCCACAAUUCGACCAUGUUCUCUUCGAUGCCGACCUUGCCUUGAUAAAGUUGGACGGGGAGGCGAUUAUCAGCGAGUAUGUGAGACCUAUUUGCCUGCCUGAAACUGACGACCAAGCGUCGUUGAUAUCUCCAUCCAAGUUUGGGAUGGCUGUAGGGUGGGGAAAGACGGUAGGGCGACAGGGGGACGUAUCCGUCAAAAACCUUGCAGACGCUUUAAAAGAGACAUGUAUGCCAAUCGUCAAUAGCCACGUAUGCAACCAAGCCUUUCAAGACGAGGGUUACAGUGUGACGCCAAAUAUGUUUUGCGCCGGUCAGGCAAGCGGUGGUAAAGACAUUUGUCAAGGCGAUUCCGGGGGAGGCUUUGUACUUUAUGAUUCAGCAAAACAAAAGUGGUUUCUUGGUGGAGUUGUAAGCUGGGGUAGCAGCCUUGGAUGUGGACUACCGAAUAAGUAUGGUGUUUAUGUUCGAGUGACUCAGUUCUUAGGCUGGAUUCGUACGCGAAUGAUUUGAGUUGGCAUUUCUCUACCGUCUGUAUAGAAAUAGAACAUACUAUUUAAAAGUAUCGAUGGUGUCAUCCCUACAUCUCACGAUGCACAGUUUGGCUAUCAUAUGGAAUUCGAGUUUCAAGGAUUACAGUAUAGGCCAGCGCCAGGCAAUUAGCAUCUUACACUUAUGAGAUUCCAGGAACACGCGUAUACAGCUACCAUAUGUGGAUACGAGAUUCCAGGAACACGAGUAUACAGCUACCAUAUGUGGAUAUGAGAUUCCGGGAACUUGAGUAUACAGCUACCAUAUGUGGAUACGAUAUUCCAGGAACACGACUAUACAGCUACCAUAUGUGGAUAUGAGAUUCCGGGAACUUGAGUAUCCAGCUACCAUAUGUGGAUACGAGAUUCCAGGAAUACGAGUAUAUGGCUACCAUUUGUGGAUAUGAGAUUUACUGAAUUAACUGUCAGAGACAUCCAUUGUACACAUGAACACAUUAUAUGGCAAAACCAUGCAGGGCAAUGAAUUUUUCUGGAUUUCUCCGAUAUCCCAUGAUACCCAUCCAUUAUGGGUUAUGUAUCACAUGAGAGGUAAUCUGGAAUGUACACAGUAUCUGGCAAAACCAUGCAGGGUGGUUUUAAAUAUUAAUAAAACUCGAGGUUAUAAAUUAAUGCUGCCACCAGCAUCACGGCAUUUAUCCUUGGUCCGCUUCAUUCGAAGAACUCCUAAUUUCAAGUUGAUUCUACUCUGCUUCGCCACCUCUAACAAUCUUGAGUUUUGUAGAUACCGAAGCCAGUGUAGUACAGAAAGCCUAUUAGGAGAACCUCUAUCAUUUUAAAAACUUUUGCCAGUUUUGAAUGCGACGUAGUUUACUGAAGGCGUGGUCAUUAGGAGGAGCAUAGGGUUAAAUAGGGGUGUAAAUCCGGCUAUUCUUCUGAAAACGAAACAACGCUUUUUGGUAGCUGACGGGAGAGGAGGCCGUUGAGCCUCAUGCCCCGCCAGUAUAUUUUUUUAUCAUGGCCAUACAAGUUUCUAUAUUAUUAUCAUUUUCUUGAAAGGUUGGAAAUAUCCUUGACCUUUUUCUUGGCUUUCAUUAACUUGCAUUGGAAGUCACAAAGUAUACUUUGUCCAUAGUGUAAAGAUUUUAUAUAACUUUUUCAAAAGAAAUAAGUGAAUUGUAAUUAUAAGAGUAUAUGCUAACGUUAGAGAUAGAUACCAGGAAGAUUUGAAAUCGUAGUAACUCUUCGCUUACCCCCUCUCGACAGUUUUACAUCCCCUUAGAGGCCACUAUUCUAUUACUAGCUACUUCAACGUGCAACUUCCUGAAGAACAAAUAAAAGACUCGAAACAGGUAAGUAUUGUCUCGGGGUUCCCGUGUACGAAAAAAAUCACCAAAGCACAGGAAUCACAUAACCCCCUAAGUCAUAUUAUUGUCCCUCUUUGCUAAGGUGUUGUCUUUUGAGGAGGCACAGUGAUUCGUUAGGAAGGAUAGGCAUAGGCCACAUUUACAUCAACAUCCGUAUUUUGCGAGGGGGGGGGGGGUUGAUAGGGAGUGGAGCAAUCCGCCACUCUACUAUUCCAUUGUAUUGCCAGGAGUUAGGCUGCUGUUAGAAUAAACCAAAUACUAGAAUUAGUUCGGCUGAUAAAAACAUUGUAUUCAUGAAGUAUGGUCCAUGUGUAUCUUUCCGGGAAAGCUUGUGGUAGCUUUAAAAAGCAAAACUUGUAUUUUAACGUUAUUAAAACGUAAUUAAACGAGUGUUCAGAAUCUAGGCAGGACUGUUAUUUGGACAUUUCGUUUUGUUGUAGGAAUUCCAUGACAUUGUUUAUUUGUUAUUAAAAAAUAUAUAUUUUAA